GUCAGUCUGCCUUCGCUUUCCAAUUUCAAUCUUUGACAAAACCUUGCUCAAUAUUAAGAUAUCAUGGUGAUAUUUUGACAAAAUGUUUUACAUUAUGUAGAAUGAUUAUAUGAAAACUGUAAAUCACAGAAAAAUAUUAGAAGGUACAGAUGUAACAAUGAGCACUGAUGUAAAAAUGACUGCCAUAGUAGGGAAAUAAAUACUUCGGGAGUCAAUGGGGGAUUAGAUCUGUUUGGUUACUGACAUUCUUCUAAAUAUCUUCCUUUGUGUUCAGCACAACAAAGAAAUUUAUAAAGGUUUGGAACAACCUGAGGGUGAGUAAAUGAUGACAGAAUUUUCAUUUUUGGGUGAAGUAUCCCUUUAAAGUUACAGACAUGAUGGGCUCUAUUUUAACGAUAUAAGCGCGUGGUCUAAAGCGCAGGGCGCAAGUGCACUUAGGGCGUGUCCGAAUCCGAAACGCGCUCUUUAAAUAAUCAAAAACAUAUUGCGCCAUUGACUUUAGACCAGGUUUGAGUUGGUCUAUGACGCAGUCUAUUUUCAGUUCCUCAAAAUAGCAACGCGCUAACAAUGCGCCUGAACACACCUAUUUUUAGACCAGCACGCCCAUGGGCGCACAAAGGGGCGCAAAUGCAUUUGCUAUUUAAACAACGCGGCGCAUGACGGGAAAAUGAGAUGAUUUGUCCUUUCUUCUUUGUUGUAGUAUAAAUGUAAAUGUCUUGUGUAGUGCAUUUCACGAGUUGCGUGUAAAACAGCAAAACUUAUUUUGCUUGCUGGUCAGUUUAUCAUCAUACAAAAUGUAAAGAACAUUCUGUGAAAAUAUAACCUUGAUAUCUAUAAUUGUCACAUGUCUGUUUGUUUGUUUGUUUGUAUUGCACUGAUUUGAUUUUCAUUGGUUCCUUUGUUCAGUUUCCUGCCCCUCCUUAGUUGUCAUGGACACCUUAAUUAUUAGUUUUGUUUCAGCUGUGUUGGUUCAAUCAGGCAGUGUAUUUACAGAGAAUGCAUGAAAAACACCAUACGGACAUAAAAUACAGCUCAUCCGGUCACAAAACUGUCAAUAAAACAUAAAUUAUAAAUAAAGCAAAUACGCAAAUAUAUAUCUUUUUUUAAUGAAAUACAAUUAUUAACAGCAUUUUAUAUAAUGUCAAUUUUAUAUGAAAUUCCAUGAUAUUAUGUAUAGCUCGAUAAAACUGAAGAGAAAAUGGCUGACUUUCAAUUUAUAUUUUAAACAUAAUCUGUAGGUGUCCUCAUAGGACCACUUCUCAGACGCACCCAUUAUAUUUUACACAGAACAUAAAUGACAAUUAAACGAGCAUUUUGGCGACAUUCAUACUUAUUAUUUCUUCUCUGUUACGCAUUUGAUACACACCACUGACUGUGCCUCACUUCCACCUGAGGGAGGUGCCAUGCGAGUGAGGUGUAAUAAGUGAAAGUGAAAGAUCCUGUUUGAGGCUGUUACAGAACAAACGCUGAACAACAGAAUUUAUUAAGACACUAGACUGAUGAUUGUAGACACAGAAAAGAAGCUGUGUUUUGGAGUGAUGAAGUUCGUAUGUGUGACUCUACUCAUUAUUAGUGGAAUUACAGAUUCAAGAGCAGACAAGUUUGAUGUAGCUGGUCCUGCAGUUCCUCUGAUGGCUGUUUCUGGUGAAGAUGUGAUUCUGCCCUGUUCUGUCAAACCCAGCAUCAGUGCUGUGAACAUGAGAGUCGAGUGGUCUAGACUUGAUCAAAGAGGCUCGGUGGUUCAUCUGUAUGAAGAUCAUGAAGACAGAAACACAGAUCAGCUUCCGUCCUACAGAGGAAGAACUCGACUGUUCAAAGAUGAACUAGAGAAAGGAAACACGUCGCUCAAACUCUCAAGAGUCCAAAUCUCUGACGAAGGACUUUACAAGUGUUUCGUUAAGUCCAAAUCCUGGUAUGAUGACAUCACUGUUAAUCUCAGAGUUGAAGCUGUAGGAAGUGCUCCGGUGAUCACUGUAGAUGGGUUUGAUGGUUCUGGUGGUCUUCAUCUACAGUGUGAAUCUAAAGGCUGGAACCCUAAACCUGAACUUGUGUGGCUGAACAGUGAAGGAGUCACUUUAACAUCUGAAUAUACAGAUACGCACACAGAUACAGACGGAUUCAAUGUAAAACACACGAUCACGGUAUAUAAAAGUGACACUAAAUAUCACUGCAGAGUCAAACUGAAACAUCACAUGAUGGAGAUUGAGAUUAUUACGUCGAGUAAAAUGUUACACUCAUUGAAAGCAUCAGUGGUCCUGAUAUCAUUUGGUGCUGUGCUCAGUGUGAUUGGUAUUAUACUGAUUGCAAUGUUUGUCUGUAAAAAGAGAGAACUUCAGAGUAAGAGCCAGAGACUGCAGAGAGAUGACGAGAGACUGCAGAGAGAUGAUGAGAGAAUACAAAGGGAACAGUUGAGAAUAAUAAAUGAACGUGAGACAUUCAGUGAGAAUUCACUGAGAGAGAAGAGGAUUUUAGAAACUGUGGUCCAACAUUUGAGAAAAUAUGCAGCAAAUGUGACUUUGGAUGUUGAUUCGGCUCAUCCACAUCUCAUUGUGUCUCAUGAUAAGAAACAAGUGAGAAUUGUAAACACACAACCAAUUGAGGAGGAGGAGGAUGAAGAUGAAGUACAAAAUAACAAGUUCGAUGAAUAUCUCUGUGUUCUUGGAAAUGAAGGAUUCUCUUCAGAUAGCUUUUACUACGAGGUGCAGGUGAAGGAGUUACCUGUGUGGUAUGUGGGCGUGGCCAGCGAAUCUAUUAACAGGAAGGGCCAGAUCAGCCUGAAUCCUGAGAAUGGAUACUGGUCCGUGGGUUUGAGCAGUGACAUGUAUUGGGCUUGUGAGAAUCCAUAUGUUCCUCUUUCCCUGAGCGUGAAGCCUCAGAGGGUGGGGGUGUUUGUGAAUUAUGAGGAGGGUCGGGUCUCCUUUUAUGAUGUGGAGACCAUGUGUCAUAUCUACACGUACACUAGUCAGUCUUUAAAUGAGAAACUAUAUCCUGUUUUUUGUUUGGGUCAUGAUGUUUUUUUGAGUGAAAACUCUGCCCCGCUAAUCAUCUGUAGUGAUCUCUCAUGAGAUCUGAUCAUUUUUUUGAUCUUAAAAAUAAAGGUGCUUAAAAGGUUCUUCACGGCGAUGCCAUAGAAGAACCAUUUUUGGUUCCACGAAGAACCAUUCAGUCAAAGGUUCUUUAAAGAACCAGCUCUUUCUUACUUUUCUGAAGUAAUCUGAAGAACCUUUUCUCGCCACAAAGAACCUUUUGUGAAACAGAAAGGUUCUUCGGAUGUUAAAGGUUCUUUAUGGAACCAAAAGGUUCUUCUAUGGCAUCGAAGAACCUUUUGAAGCACCUUUUUUAAGAGUGUAUAGUGUAUAAUUAUUAUCGUGUAUUUAUACUCCCAGAGGACAUCUGUUACACCCCAUGGCUCGAAAAGGACAUAACAAAAACGGGGACACACAAGAAAGUGCAAAUAAUAUACAAAAUGUGUUAACAGAAUGCAACUAUACACAUGAAAAACAAUGUAGCAUGGAAUAGUCAGGAAUCAGUGGUGUAAAGCUAAGUGUGUGCAUGAGAAUGUAAUGAACCAUUGCCAUGUUGGAUGUAUAAAGUAAACAAAGUUAAACAGAACCAAAACGAAACCAAGUCCAACGCCUGCCCUGGCCAAUUGCCAUUCUGCUUGUUUAAAAGACAAGACAAGAAACCAACAGCAGGUGUCCUCAAUGAGCCCAUCUGGGAACAAUCAGUUGGAGAACAGAGCAAUGACACAACACAUGGGCCGUCACAACAUCUCAUCCCUCUGUGCUUUCACAAAAUGUAUAGGCGCUAAGCACUGAAGGUGCUGCUUUCGCUACUCGUCUUACAAAUUUUGUUCAGUUGUUAUGAAAUUUGGCUCAAAUGAUAUGCACAACGACGGAACAUUUUAAUUUCCAUCUUUGUUUAAAACUUAUAACAUCACAAUGUCGACCCAAAAUUGGUUCGGAGGCUACAUGUAUCUCUGCUAUUCUUCAAUUAAAUUAAAUGAAACUUAAUAUCCUUCAUUGACACCUUGGAAAUGUUUGUCAGAAAAUCAUAGCGUCUGGAUUCAUUGGGUCAUGCUGAAUCUGUCAAUACUGAUUUUGCCACGAUUGGAUGUACCGCCUGUCAUAAAUUGCAUCUUUUGAACAGUAUGACAUAUUGGCCACCACGCGUUCAUAAGAUAUACAUUUUUUUACAAAAACCUUUACAUACUUAAUUUUCUCAUUUUCUCGAAUUGUCUCAUUCUGUUCAUAUGGUAUUUUAAAGCAUAGAAAAAAACUUUUUUUGCUGCUACUUUUACAAAUUAGGUCCAAUUUUUCCCUUUUGAGAAAUACCUUAUACUAGUUAACUUAGCAUGCUAAUUGGUUAGAAUGUGGGUGUGAGUCCUGUGAUCUCAAAAGAGGUACUGUAGCAAAAAGAUGUGCAAUUGUUUGCUCUUAUUAUAUUUUCACUAUAUUAUUGCAGCAUGUUAAUAAACAACUAUCUUCCAGAGGAGGUUGUCAGGGCAAAUGUCCCUGGUUCAGGAGGGAAACUGAGGGAUUUCUUUGAGAAUUAUAUUACACAUUUAUGUUUCAGGUCUGGUCUCACUGGCUUAUGUAUAUUUUCAACAUGUUCAAACUAGGUUACAUUUACUUUGUUAUUACAAUAAAU